AUGGAUUACUCUAGCAUUUCGCAAGACCCCGUGGGCGCCUCCCCCUGGGCUUCGCCUCGAGCUACAGAACCGGCUUAUCCUCCAUCAAGCACCAGCGAUAUCCCAUCCUCACCGUUACCCCCGCAGCACCAGUCUCCGUACGAAGCGGACGGAAGCUCGCAGAUCGCAGAAGCGGAUGAAUCGAGGGCACCUGGUGAAGGGAACAUUGGCUCAUCAAGUUUAUCCGAGCAAGUGCAGAAUACACACAUAAGUGAGACCGGUCAACCUGGGGAACAGCAAGCCCGGUCGCAGGUCCCCGCACGGUAUCAGGGAGCUAGGCAGAAUACAAAACAACCGGGCCCAGUGUACAAAAUCCAGGCAAAGAUAACCGGACUAGAAAGAACUGGUAAAAAGGAUCCUAUUCUUCGAUUUGAUGUUCAUACCAAUAUCCCUAAAUUUAGAACUACUCAAUAUCGCGAUGUUAGGCGAACCCAUGCCGAGUUUGUCAAGCUUGCCGAGCACCUUAUGUCGGCUAACCCGGAAGCACUUGUUCCUGCUGUACCCCCGCCUCUGACGCCCGCCGGAGCAGGGACCGAUGAGGACGAAUUUCGCGUGAAAGCGUCCAUGCAGCGAUGGCUGAACUGUAUCUUGACCAACGAGGUCCUUAUUCAGGAUGACGAGAUUAUCUUGUUCGUCGAAAGCGAUUUCGGCUACAGUCCCGUCGUGCGCAUGAAGCAACCGGCAACAGGUGUUCGAAGAAAGUAUCUGAAGCAGUUCGCACCACCACCUGAUGAUACACCGGAGCUGCAGAAUGCACGCCCCGUCGUUAAGAUGUUUUACCUUGGAAGCAUGGAUUCGGGCCAUAAAGUUGAUCGUAUAGUCAGGGCUCGACGAGGCCUGGGUCUUGCAGAGUCAGAAUUUGGUGUGAAAAUUGGGCAGAUGCAUGUCCAGGAGACGCAUCCCGGCCUUUCCAAUGCUUAUCGCAAGCUAGGGAAAGUCAUCCAAAACGUUGGAGACUACCACGCGGUCCAAGCAACUGCGGAGGCAACGACUCUUGGGGAACCGCUCAGUUAUCAUUCAUCCGAUGCAUUCAUUGUCAAAGAGACCCUCACUAACCGCCAUAUCCUCCUUCGAGAACUCCUUCAGGCUCAGCAGGCCACUCGCAGUAAACGCGCAGCGGCAGAUCGACUGAAGGUUAGCUCAUCUGUUCGCCCGGACAAGGUGGACGAAGCCAUAAAUGCGCUCGAUGAGGCCCAGAACCAUGAAGAAUAUCUAACCAAAAAGACCCAAAGAGUGACGUCUCACCUUUUGACGGAGAAGCGCCGCUGGGUUGAACGGACGUCCAAUGAUGUAUGGUUGAGCCUGCGAGAAUACACGCUGCGGCAGAUUGAGACUGAGCGCAGAACACUUGCCACUUUGGAGAGUGUACGGGCUGAUAUUCGCGCAAUCGACGCAUCUGGUGGUCUCAGUCGCCUGGGACGUGAAAGCCACCCCGCCGUGCGACGCGCAAACCUCGCCUCGAGCCAAGGCCCCAGAGGUGACGCAUGGAGUGGGGUUCCACGUCGUACUGAUAGUGCUGGACGUAGUCUAAGCGGCAGUUUUGUGGCCCCUGCUCCUGAAGAAGAGGAGGAGGCGAACGGCCAAGGAGCCAAGGGACGUUUACGCUCACCUAGCGGCGUCGAUUCCAUUGUUGAAGACGAUGAUGACCGGCUUGACGCCCGAAAUGCCGCUAGCAGACUAGCCGGCAGCACCUUUUGA